AUGUCUCCUUUGAUCUACCUGAACGGAUCUUACGCUAGACUCUUUCUCGUCUCCAGAAGUUUGAAUGGGUUAGAUGUUCUCCUUCGUCAUCAACGAGGCCAUUUUGAGUUGGCGUCAUCGCCGUCGAAUGCAAAUGUUGCUCGCGUAAAUCGGAAGAGAGCAUUGCGUGACGAAUUGGCCGAGGUGUCUGUGAGCGAGGAAGUCCCCAAUUAUGUUGCGGCUCAACAGACGGAGGGGAAUAUUGUUCGUGCUAGGUCACGAUCAAGUACAUCGGCCUUGUCGCCAUCAGACCAUGCCUACGAGCCUGACACAGGACUGGCGAAUGAUCUACCCGUGAGACCACAGACAAUGGCCUGGAAUGGAGGUCCCACAAAGAUGGUCCCUUCGCUAGCUGCACCUAGUCUGUCUCCAUCGCAUGUGCACGAUGAUGGAAGGGGCUACGGCUCGUACCCGACAGGCGACCAGGCUUUGCUCCCGGUCACUGACCAGGUUCACUUGUCUAAUGGAGUGGUAGCAGAAUUCAACCGCAGCCCACUCAUGUUUGGUGACAUGGACUCUGGGACUGCCUUCCUUGAUAUGUUGUUGGGCCUCCCAGGUAGCCAAACGACAGGAACGACAACUGCAAACACUGAACAAUUAGAUAUACCCUGGGCUGUAAGCGGAACUUCAGAUCGGUUAACUAUUAGUCCUCCAGUUGAAGCCGAACCAAAGCACUAUCCAGCUUAUAUCCGCCAGAACGUAAAAAAGGUCCAAAGCUUUUGGUCGACACCACAGCGCCUUACCUCCGAGACACAGAUAUGGUACGAAAUUAUAUCAGGGUCAUCGGAGAAUAUCUUUUCUGGGCAAGACCAUGAGACAUACACAGGGUCUUCACAACAGAACCAGCAUGCCGGAGCUGCCGAGAUCUGCUUGAACCAUGAAAUUAGGGCGCAGCUUCAAGAUUUGAAACGAAGGCUGCUCAAGAGGCAAUGCCACUGUUCUAGCAGUGAUAGCCGAAUGACUGACGCAUGUGAUGAACAUUACUUUUGUGAAAACUUUAAUGGCAUCUUUGAACAAGGCCUUUAUCUCUAUUUAGAUAAAUAUCAGCCGUCCUAUCCUAUAUUGCAUAUACCUACGUUCAAGCCGCAGGCUGUCCACACACUUCUGCUGUUUACGAUGUGCAUGAUUGGCCUAUCGUUUGUUAAGACAGAGGAGGCAGUGCGGUUUAUCUAUCACAUAUACCCGGCUCUCCUGGAUGAAGUUUAUAGACGCAUUAUCUCUAUUACCCCCAGUACCUCCAACCCAUCGGGGUUGCUCAGUCACCUUACAUUAGCACAUCACAUGUUAUUCCUGCUUGUUGUGACAGAGGGGAACAUCUGUCCAACGAAGUCGCAGAUGUUAUACGGGUACACUCUAACGGCUGCACAAAAUCUUGGCCUCUUUCAUUUACCUGUUGGACAAAUAUCAGACAGUCUUUUCUCGACCACCACCGACGAACAUAUACGAUGGAAACUGUGGAGUCGAAUAGAAUCAAUAAAGAAUCUAAUCAUCGGCUUGAUCCUCUACGACUCUUCGCUCUCCGGAGUCUUCUCAAUAAGCCCCGUCAUUUCAACAAGCACACUCCACGUCGCCCUUCCCUGUGGCUUCGACCUCUACCGUGCUCAAUCACCUCAAGAGUGGAUGCGCCUAAUCCAAGAAGGCUCCAGACUCACUACCCCAACAGUCAAGCUAUCACACAACGAAUUCUACCUCCCAACCCUCCCCCACCAAGUCCACAUGUCGUGCCUGUACGGAAUCACGUCUGCCAUUCUCGUCCGCCUGAUCGCAAACUACCAUCGACUCAUUAUCGGCUCCGACCUGGGCCAAGAGGACUGGCACCAGCAUAUCCCAUGGCGGAUCUACAACCUCGACAAACGCGCCACUUCAAUCACCAACGUGGUCAUACACUUCAUCCAGCUAUACGAUACCAUCCUCGCGAGCUCCAACCCAAACUGCAUCGUCAUCUGGCAUAAUCUAUGUCUCCUCCUAACAGCCGACAUCCGUCUCCACGAACGAGCAGCCGGCCGCGAGGGUCCCGAAGCCAUGCAAACCGCCCGCCAAGCCAUCACCCUCUGGGCCAGCACCCCGGCCGCCCGACGAGCCUGUCUCCACGCCGCCCAGAUCUUCCAUGCCCUGUCCAACUGGAAACCGAUGGACGGCAUGGGAUUCCAGCCCGCGCGUUGUCUCUUGAACUCCGCGCUCGUGCUUGCCCUGUACACGCUGGUCAGCCCGACAGCUCCGGAUACACGACCCACCGAGGCGUUCGAUCUCGCCACGGCAGAGAUUGACUGGAAGGUCGUAGGUGACGAGGGAAUGAGCGAUGGGGAAGGUGAACGGCCGAGGACGGAGGAUCCAGCGGUGAACUUUAUUCGCUUCGGGGGGCCUGUUGUGCUCUGCGGGAAGACGUAUUUCGGGGGCGCUCGCCAUGCGCGUCGGCUUUUGUUGGAUUUUGCCAGUCUGUUGGAUGAGGUCGGCAGGCAUUGGAUGGCGAAGUAUCCGCGCCUUUUGUAUAUGAUUCAUGAUACUAUGGUGGAUGUAUAUACGGGUGGGAAUAUGGGGGAGGUGACUGCGUGA